AAAUCUUCGAGAUUUUCAACUACACGAAGCUUCCGACAUCUACCAUCCUUUGGUCUUUUGCCAUCCUGCAAACUUUCACCAGAGUCGCGCUGGCACUGAACUCGGACAAACCACAACACGGAACGACAAACACAAGAUCAGCAACAAGAAGGACGCCCAAAAUGAAGAUUCCCGGCAUCGUUUCCCUCCUCUUCGGAGUCUCCGUUGGGGUUCUUGGCCAACCGGACUCGACCAAUGCCACCGACGUUAAUCUCGCACCUCGAGAUGUUGCUGUCCCGCAGCGCCACUCUAAGAACAUUCUGGAUAGCUGCCUCAACCACGAGUGGAUCCUUACAGUCCCCUUUAACUCCCCCGAUCAUUUCGACACAGACGUUGACGUCGUCUUGCAUGGCGAAUGCAAAGAAUCGUCGGGCGCGGGGUACGUCUGCAGCCGGCUCAAUCUGCACGCGUGUCUUGCGAACGAGGAUGGCAAAAUGGUCGGCCGUGUUCAGGGGCAGUUCCAGGACAGCUGCUUCGGCUGCCUCCUUGGGCAACCUGCCGAUAAUUCGUCUCUGAAUCUCGAAUGCAAUUGUCGUUCGAGACGCGACGGUCCCAAGAAGGGGCCUAGGCGUUGGGGUCGCACUGUGGUCAAUCUUGCCGACGUUUUGGAAAACCGAGACGGUCGCAUAUCAUGCUUCGAGGACCAGGGCUGGACCGUCCCUUGCUGAUGGCUGAUCAGCUUGAUCUCUGCUCAGCUAUCUGAGUUCCGGAGUAAUGCUGACUGGCAAGGCGGCCAAGACCAGAACCAUGCUUUCCCACACUCUAUGGAACUAGGGCUUUUAGGGAGUGAUUAUUCGCGUUGGAAUUUACAUGGUAGUCUUCUGUUACAUCGUGCUUUGAACUUGGGACAUUAGGGAAGUUGAAAUCAUCAGUUACUGUUAGGCUAGAGGGAAUA